ACAAUCAUUGUUUUGAUUCGCGCCUAAUAAUUGUUUGUUUCAUGUGCUCACGAAUUCUUGACAAUUAUAUAUUAAGUAUUUUUUGGUUUCUUGUGAGAAAAUGGGAAUUUUAGGACUCUCCAAAUUAAUUGCGGAUGUUGCGCCGCAAUCUAUUAAAGAAUCCGAGUUGAAACAUUACUUUGGACGUAAAAUAGCUAUCGAUGCUUCUAUGUGUCUUUACCAAUUUUUAAUCGCUGUCCGUUCCGAUGGGGCGCAAUUAACAUCAACGGACGGAGAAACAACUAGCCAUUUAAUGGGAACUUUCUAUAGAACAAUCAGACUCGUCGAACAGGGAAUAAAACCAGUUUACGUAUUCGAUGGUAAACCACCAAAUUUAAAAGGUGGUGAACUGGCAAAACGGGCCGAAAAAAGAGACGAAGCUCAAAAACUUCUUCAAGCUGCUGAGGAAGCGGGAAAUGUUGAGGAUAUGGACAAAUUUAACAGACGCUUAGUCAAAGUCACAAAAACUCACAACGAGGAGGCAAAACAACUUUUGAAAUUAAUGGGUGUUCCCUACAUCGACGCUCCCUGCGAGGCUGAAGCCCAAUGCGCGGCUCUUGUAAAAUCGGGAAAAGUUUUCGCAAUGGCCACAGAGGAUAUGGACGCAUUAACUUUCGGUGCCAAUGUUCUUUUACGUCGUUUGACAUUCAGUGAGGCGCGAAAAUUGCCAGUACAAGAGUUUCAUUUCGACAAAGUCCUUCAGGGAUUGGAACUAAAUAAGGACGAAUUUAUCGAUCUUUGUAUAAUGUUGGGUUGCGAUUACACGGACAGCAUUAAAGGAGUUGGUCCAAAACGAGCGAUUGAAUUGAUUAAAACUCACAGGUCACUGGAAAAAAUUAUCGAGAAUUUGGACAAGAAAAAAUUCUCCGUUCCUGAAGAUUGGAAUUAUAAACAAGCGAGACUCUUGUUCCAGGAACCGGAAGUGAAGAAUCCAGAUGAAGUCGAGCUAAAAUGGACGGAUCCAGAUGAGGAAGGUUUGGUGCAGUAUUUGUGCGGCGACAAGCAAUUUAAUGAAGAGCGAGUUAGAAAUGGAACAAAAAAAUUGCUAAAAGCGCGAAAUACAUCAACUCAGGGUAGACUCGAUUCAUUCUUUAAAGUUUUGCCAAAUCCAAAUCCCCAGAAGCGAAAAGUCGAAGAUAAGAAAACACCCGCGAAAAAGGGGAAAUCGGGUGCAAAACGAGGAAGAGCAAAAUAAUUUACAUUUUAGUUUUUUUUUAAAAUACCUUUUAAAUUUCAUUUAAUUACGUUUUAUAUUAAAAACAUGUUUUUUCCAAACUUUUUUUCACUUGAGAAUCUUUUUGCUUUGUGAGAUUGUAUGAAUGAGUAAGUUUAAUAAAAUUUUAUUUUUAAAAAAUA